AUGACCGCGCCUUCAAAUUCGUCUGCUCACCGCAACGUCGUUCCUUCUGAGGUUGGAUGGCAGUUCGUUCCUCAGUACUACACCUUUGUCAACAAGCAGCCCGAUCGUUUGCACUGUUUUUAUACGAAAAAAUCUACUUUUAUUCACGGGACUGAGGGGGAGGAUGGGAAGCCUUGUCAUGGUCAACAGGAAAUUCACGCGAAAAUAACCAGCAUCGGAUUCCAGGACUGUAAAGUCUUUAUCCACUCUGUCGACGCUCAAUCUUCCGCCGACGGAGGCAUCAUUAUCCAGGUUAUUGGUGAAAUGUCCAACCAUAAUGACCCGUGGCGAAAAUUCGUUCAGACCUUCUUCCUUGCCGAGCAGCCAAAUGGGUACUUCGUUCUCAACGAUAUCUUCCGUUUCCUUAAGGAAGAGACCGUUGAGAGCGACGAGGCAGAGGAGCCUGCUGAGACCGUUGCGCCUAUGGAACCACAACCUGAGCCUGUACCUGCUCCCGUCGAGGUUCCACGGGAGCGCACCCCGACUCCUCCCCCUCCUCCCCCACCGGUCGAAUCCGUCCCGGCAACACCGCCGCCUGUGGAGGAACCGCCGACCACGGUAGCUGACGUCCCAGAGCCACCAGCGCGGAUUCCUACACCUGAACCGCCCAAGCCGCCUACACCUGCCCCCGUGGCAGCUCCCCCUGCUCAGACGAACGGCAUUCACCCCCCUGAACCGGCUGCUCCUGCUCCUGCUCCUGCUGUUGCUGUUCCUGCUCCUCCCCGGAUCGCGGAGAAGGCCCCGGCGCCCAAGGCUCCUGCACCCAAGACGUGGGCCAACCUCGCUGCAGCCAACUCCAACAAAUGGGGCGCAGCCGUGGCGCAAGAGUCGAGGGGAACUACAGAAGUCGUACCAUCCUCGACGCCUGGAAGUGGAACGCAGACUCCUUCUGCCCCUGCCCCUGCCCCCAAUGGACCCGUUCGUGCUCCUCACCCAGCAUAUGUCGCGGCGCAGGCAGUGACCACUUCCCAUUGUUUCGUUAAGGGCGUUACGGAGCCGGUAUCCCAACCCGCGUUGACCGCGCAGCUUGCGCAUUUCGGAGCCAUCAAGGAGGUCGACAUUGUGCGUUCCAAGGCUUGCGCAUUCGUUGAGUUCACUACUGUCGAGGCUGCUAAGCGGGCUAUUAUUGCGUCGUUACCUGCUGCUCAGGGUGGCGGAGGUGGUGUUUGGGUUGAGGCUACCGGUGAAGUCCCCAGUAUACGGAUCACUGUAGAGACCAAGAAGGAACGGGGCGACAGGCCAGUCAGUCGUCCAAGAGGUGGUGCUCCCCAGGGCGAGACACGGGGUGGUGGAAGUGGCGGCGGCGGAUUCCGGGGUAAUCGUGGCGGUCGUGGUAGGGGUGCAGCUGCAGGGGGAGGAAAGUAG